AUGAAGCUCUCCAAUCCCGGCACCGUUCCCGUAUACACCAUCUCCGGUGCAUCCACUGCCCGGCCGCUCCCCGACUGGCUUGCGCGCCGCCGGAAGCGAAGCUUAAAGGACGAUGCCGAGUACCAGAGCCGAGUCGAGCUCCUCCAAGACUUCGAGUUCGAGGAGGCUAGCAACUGCAUCCGCAUCAGUGAGGAUGGCGACUGGAUCAUGAGUACCGGCACCUACAAGCCGCAGAUCCACGUCCACAGCCUCCCUCAGCUAUCGCUGUCCUUCGCCCGCCACACCAACGCCCUCAACCACUCCUUUGUCCUCCUCUCUUCCGACUACUCCAAAUCGCUCCACCUCCAAACAGAUCGGAGACUCGAGUUCCAUACCCCCAUGGGCUGCCACUAUGAAGUGCGCCUUCCGAGAUACGGUCGCGACUUGGUUUACGACCGACAGUCGACCGAGGCCCUUAUCCCUGCCGUCGGUCUAGAUGCCGACGGUAAGGGCGAAGUCUUCCGAAUGAACCUCGAACUCGGACGCUUCAUGAAGUCAUACCAGGUUUCAGUCGGCGGUGAUGACGAGAUGACCGGAGGUGGACUCCAGGGUGGCAUUGGUGUUGGCAGCGUCAACACCGUCGCCGUGGCGGAAAACACCCACAAUCUGCUUGCUUUCGGAACCUCAAUAGGUACUGUCGAAUUCUGGGAUCCUCGAUCCAAAUCUCGAGUGGCGCUUCUAGGUGGCCACGACGGAGAGGUUACGGCACUCGACUUCAGCCCCACCGGUCUAUCACUGAUCACCGGUUCGUCAACGGGAAUGAUGCAAAUAUUCGACAUGCGACGACCGGUUCCGUUGAUGAAGAAGGACCAAGGAUACGGUUUCGCUAUUAAGAAGCUCAUCCACAUGACGACGGCCUCCCAGGAGAAGAAGAUUCUGUCCGCCGAUAAGCGUAUCAUCAAGGUCUGGGAUGAGUCGACUGGAGAUCCAUGGACUUCGGUGGAACCCGUUGUCGACAUCAAUGAUGUGGCCUGGUGCAAGGACACGGGUAUGGUCCUGACGGCGAACGAAGGCAAACAGCAGCACGCAUUCUUUAUCCCUCAGCUCGGCCCUGCGCCGAAAUGGUGUUCCUUCCUGGACAACAUGGUUGAAGAGAUGGCGGAAGAGGUUCACACCGAGACCUACGACAACUACAAGUUCUUGACUCUUCCCGAAUUGAAGCAGCUCACUCUGUCCCAUCUGAUUGGCAAGACCAACUUGCUCAGGCCAUACAUGCACGGAUACUUUGUAGCAUCCAAGCUGUAUGAGCAGGCUAGGUUGAUUGCGAACCCGUACGUCUGGGAGGAAGAGAGAACGAAGCGCAUCAAGGAGAAGGUCGAGAAGGAGCGCUCAAGCAGAAUUAGAGGCACCAAGAAGGUCAAGGUCAACCAGAGGUUGGUUGAUAAACUUCUCAAGAAGCAGGAGAACAGAGAAGAGGUCAACACCAAGGCUGGAGUGCUUGGCGAUGAUCGAUUCAGCAAGCUCUUUGAGGAUGAGGCCUACAAUGUGGAUGAAACCACUGGAGAAUUCCGAGCGCUCAACCCCAGCACUCUCGUGGACCAGGAGCCUGUUGAUCCAAAGGCUCCUGCCCGUUAUCAGGGCAAGGAUUCAGAUGACGACUCUAGUGCUAGCGAAAACGAAGCAGCGCCGAUAAGGAAGGCGAAGGACGACGUUGUGAUGCGUGUGUCGUCGACCAGCAACGGUGGCCGCGCAGUCAGGGACACGGCAUUGGGAUCGAGACAACAAAAGUCGGGCCGCACGAAUAAGGCGCGCGGCGAAGUUGUGGGUGAGCGACAAGUCACAUUCGUUCCGCAGUCGAGGAAGAAGCAAAGGCAGGAGGAGGAAGAGGAGGCCCCUCCUCCUCCUCGGGACAAGAGGAAUGGAUCUCGCCGAAGCGCCAGCUCCAACACCUUCAGGAAGAUGUAA